CAUCGUGAUGAGACUUAAGUUUCACAUUGCUUGCUGUUUUGAUUGGAAAUUGGAGGAUUGGAAGGUCGGAGUGGGUUAUGUGGACUUCGCUGUCGAACAAUAAUGAAAAUGAAUACAAUACCUCUGGGUGAAGUUUCCACAUACUUCUCACACCCAGAACAGAUGUUUCCGGAAAUCGAAAAUGAUAAAGUCCCAACCGAACAGUUCCUUAGAGCUUGUCAAGGCAUCGCCAAUUUUGUAGGUUUUUUAGGAACAGCAUUUAUUCCGGUCAAGAAUGAUAUCAACGGUAACGUCAUCAAGGUUAGGAGAAAAUACGAAAGUGGGAAAGACAAAUGCAAAUAUAUUGAGGAUCUGAUCGAAGAUGAUCUCGCUGAAAACCGCGGAAAAAUGGGGACAGCUACCGAAGGACUGUUAUGGCUGAAAAGAGGUUUAGAAUUCAUGCUUGAAUUUUUGUCGGAAAUGGUGCAGGUGUACCGAUCUUCGACAGACAAAAAAAAGACCGACAGCUUAACGGAUUCUAUCAACAAUGCUUAUAAUAAUACGCUCAAAAGGCAUCACGGGUUUAUAUCAAAACAAUUGUUCAAGGUCGUUAUUUUGGCAGCUCCAACUCGGAGUACCGUUUUGAAAACACUUGCCGAAGGCGGGGAAAGCAUGGAUGAUAUAUGUAUUGACCAUAUCGCAGCGCAUCUAGAUAAUUUCAGGACUAAUGUAGCGCAUAUUGUUGAUUAUUAUAUCAUCAAAAAACUAGACACUCCAAAUCCGCUGUUGAGAAAUUCAUAUUAGUGAGAUAUCAAGUUGACAGCUAAAUAUAUGACAUUGUUAUAUCUCUAACUCAUGUGCUGGAAGUAAAAUGUGAUAUUGCACUACUGGUUAUCGCAUGUGUAACCUAAUAUAUGGAACAUUACUGCAGUACUUAUACUGUGUUUUAGAUCCCGUCUGUAUUACUCCAAAUAUGUGAUGAAGUAUUACCGGUGAUUCUUUUUUAUCAUUUGUUCAGAUCAUGUAGAAAUGUUCACGUUGUUAACACUUAAGAAUUCUUAUGAUAUGAUGUUGGUUUUCUUCAUAUAAGUGUAAUACCCAUUAUUUUAAUCUGCUCAUGAAGUCCCGGUGCUCGAAGCUAUUUGACUCUCCCACCAGUAAGAUCUAUUGCUAAUGCCUUACUGCUAACACAUAUGCCAAUCCCUCACAUCCUAUUUCUGCAAUUCCAUAUGCAACCUUACCAAAUAUGCAAAUCUUAUUAAAAAUGUAUGGAAGUCCAUUUUUUAAAUAUGCUGUUUGGAAAUGGGCGUAGAAACAUUUGCGUUUUUAAAAACCUUUAUAAACCUCCCUCUACUUUCUCUCUCCUUCAGAAAUUCUAAAUUAAUAGAAUCCACCG